CGAGAGCUCUCGCCUGCUCGCGGUAUCGCGUUUCGAACCUUUUGCAGACCGAUGGGUCUGCGGUUCUACGCUGAUGAGUGGCGUUGACAGCUGUGACUACCAUAAUUUCCUGUCAGGUUCCAUCGGAGCGCCCAGCUGUAGGGUAGGCCGAAAAUGAGCAAAGCUCCAACCGAGCAAGCAUCGAGUCGGAAGUGACGACAGCUCGCGAAAGAGCUCGCAAAGGCUCCAAAAUUCGCUUGCGGGAAUCCCCGCUGGAAUUCGGACAAGUUCGAAAUCGGCUCAUCGGGGUGUGCCUUCGAAUGUCUUGGAAACUCACGGAUUCCUAGCGUCUGAUGAAGCGACGUUCGGAGAGAAGAUCGUUGAAUCCAAGAUGACGCGGCGGAAUUUCUCUCUACCCACCAACUUACUAAUGGAGAUUCAGAGCUCAUUUUGGUUCAGACAUCUUGUCAAAGCUUUAUUAGGAGUUGGGAUCGUCGUAUUCUUUUGUGAGGUGGUCAUCUACUACUUAGUUUUGCUUCAAUGCACUUGGCCCCUCUUGGACAAUGCCUCGAAGGAUGCUGGCAUCUUCUCGGGACGAGUGAACGAUUACCCUUUGAAAGUCAUGAUGAUAGCCGACACCCAUCUUUUGGGCCCAUUCAAAGGUCACUGGUUUGACAAGCUCCGCAGAGAAUGGCAGAUGAGUCGAACAUACGCCACGGCGAUGACUCUGCAUCAGCCCGACGUCAUUGUUUUCUUAGGUGACAUUUUCGACGAGGGACAAUGGAUGGAUAAUAUGCAAUUCAAUAAAGACUUCCAGAGAUUUCAAACGCUUUUCCCAAAACCGAAGAAAUCCACCCUCAUCGUGACAGCUGGAAACCACGAUGUCGGCUUCCACUAUAAGAUGACGAAAUCUCUCCUGUCGAGAUUCCAGAGACUUUUCUCUCAAUCUGAGUCCGGAGUCGAAAUGAUCACCAUAAAGGGGACCACAUUCUUAGUUUUGAAUUCGAUGGCCCUCGAUGGAGACGGCUGCUCGUUUUGUGCAAGCGCCGAAAAAGAUUUGAGUCGGUUCGAGCAAGCACUGAAUUGCAGUUUGAUGGUCCACGAGAAGCGAGCUGUGGAUCAGAGCUGUGAAAAAGCUCUGACGCAGCUACCUCACUACUCCCGGCCGGUUAUUCUCCAACAUUUUCCUCUAUUUCGAUCUGACGAUAGCGUGUGCCAAGAGAGAGAUGAGCCGCUCGGGGCUGCUAUCGAGAAGUAUCGAGAGAGAUGGGAGGUCAUCUCUAAGUCGAUGACGAAGAGACUCUUGAAGUUGAAUCCGCGAGCGGUAUUCAACGGACAUAUCCAUCGCAGUUGUCUAAACGUGCACACAUACGAGGAUCAUACAACCCGAGAAUGGACGUUGAAUUCAUUCAGUUGGAGAAAUACGAAUAACCCGAGCUUUAUAUUGUCAGUAUUCACACCGGAUAACUUCGCGGUAUCAAGGUGCUUCAUGCCAAAGGAAUCAACGGUUCUCUUCACCUACCUUGUAUCUUUGAUGGGUAUUGUUUUAUGGGUUCUGUUCCGACGCUACCGAUGGAUCCGCUACCAAGGAUUCGUGAAACUCCCCUUGCAGCGAUCCUGACGACAACCCGAGAGGGAUCUCGUGAAGAGGGUUUAUUCGGACUCAUCGGUUCGCCGCAUGAGACAAGGAUGAAACAUCUCUGAGAAGCGGGCGGUAAUCGACUCCGCCGACGGGGGUUUCCUGCUCACGACGAAGAAUUCGUCUGUUAUCCUCGUGAUUGGCCUCGCCAAAAUCGACCCGGAAUAUCUCCGGGCCUCCUUCGUAUCCUCAGAUGAUGGAAAUUUGAUUCAGUGACUCCAGAAUGAGUUCUGUACUCUUGCUUACGCGGUGUCUACCGUAUUCAGUUAAAGUUCCCAGCAUAAGUGUUUCAGCCAGUUUGCUCAUUCCGCGUGUUCCGGAGCGUCUUGUAUAAUACAUCAAUGGAGCUCUUCCGCUGACUCGAGGAUGCGGAAGUAAUGUUAGGAUUGUAUCGAUGGCGCACAGCACAAUCGGCUUGAAUCGAAUGAUGGACGAUCGCGACAGGAUAUGCGUCGAUAUCUGUCGCGUCCAUUCCGUGCGGAGCUCGCGGCGUUGGAGAGUAAGCGAGUUGAGGCCGGCGCUCAUGCUACAUCUGGACGAAGCGAUCAAUUUUUGCGACUCGAGAUAUUUCAGGGUCCGGCAUUCAGGGACGGAGAUGUUGGGUCGGUAAGGUAUUUUUCGUAUGGAAAAAACAAUAAAGACCGAGGAAUUUACUCA